GAGGGCUUCCGACACUCAUGGCCGCGCGUCUCGUCCACGGUCCACCCCGCCGCUUCGCUGUCUCUCUCACUCGGAGUACUCGCUUUCGAGCACACCAAAAAAAACCUCAGAAUGGCGAAAGGACAGGAAACCCUAGCGUUGGCCGCCGCCCGCCGGCGUCUUCACCCCGCUGCAGCUAAUGCGGAGGGACGCGUGCGACGACGGUGACCGGCGGCUCCGUCACCUUGUGCUCUUCAUCGAUCCACGCACCAUGUGAGAAAUCUCAUGACAGACGUCAGGCACAGGUCAUAUCUGUCUCUUUCUAAAAAGACAUGGGAGUUCUGUUUCUUACUCGAGAAAAGACGUUCUCAUGGACCCAGUGUUUUGGAAAGCAGCAGAAAAUCUCAUGGAUCCAGUGUUUAGGAAAGCAGCAGAUAAAGGAAAUAUAGUUAGCCUACAAGAGUUUGUCGCCGUCAAACCCAACACAAUUUACUCGACGACAAAGGCUGAGAAAAACACAGCACUUCACAUCGCGGCGUCAGAAGGCCACACUUUGUUUGUCCAUCAUUUCCUCCUCCUUGUAGGCACAAAUAUGGAGCUCAUGGUCAGUCAAAACAAUGAUGGCGAUACGCCACUGCACCUGGCGGUGAGAGCGGGCCAUCUAGAAGUGGUCGAGCACCUGAUUCUAUAUUUGACGUGGGCAAGGGGAAUCGAUGCCAACUUAAAGGAGCCUACCACAAUGUUAAAUGGUAAAGGAAAUACACCGAUGCAUGAUGCACUGUCUCAUCGACAAUUGGACAUUGCACUAAAGCUUUUGGAGGUCAACCCAAGAUGUGCAAAUGCAUUGAACACGGAAAUGCAAUCACCGCUUUACAUUGCUGCUAGGGAAGGCUAUCUCCAUGUUGUCAAGAGAAUUGCCGACCAGUUGUCGGCAGCCUCUGUCUCAACUAUUGGCACUCAUAUGACUGCUCUACACCAGGCUGUGUUGGCUGAUGACAUCGGGGCGCUGGAUAUCUUACUGGACAAUAUUGUGAAGCUGGUGGAGGUGACAGAUUCAUCAGGGAACAAUGCCCUGCACUAUGCCGCGUGCCACAACAGGGUACAUAUGAUAUCCAUGUUGCACAACAAAAACUCUACUCUAGCAUAUAUGAAGAACAUUGAGCAGCAUACCGCUCUACACAAGGCUGCUAAGUAUGGCUCAGUAGAGGCUGCCAGGGAGCUCAUGAAGCAGUGCCCUAAUACUGUUGAGAUGGUGGAUUUAUGUGGGAGAAAUGCUUUCCACAUCUCCAUCAUCAACAACAAGUUAAGAGUGCUCAAGUUGCUUCUUGAGUAUGAGCUGCCGGAGGAGAUCUUGAACAAACAGGAUAAUGAUGGCAACACUCCGCUGCAUCAUGCUGCCAAGCUCCACCAAGGGCCAAUACUGUGGUUAUUACUCAAUGAUCUGAGAAUCAACUCAUACAUGAUUAACAAUGAAGGGCAUACUCCAUGGGACGAUCAGAUUCUGAUAGAGCCCAUGACCCGAGAUUUGAGUGAUGCAAUUGACAAAGGAGACAUGCUAAGCCUGGUAAAUUUCCUUGCUUACUACCCGGAAAGGGUUUAUUCGGUGACACCCAUAAGAGGACACACGUCCCUCCACCUCACAGCAUCAAAAGGAGAUGAUUGGUUCGUUCAUCAUGUGCUUCUCUAUACGAACCGGAAUGUGGGGUUCAUUACUAGUAAGAACAGUGAUGGGGAUACACCAUUGCACCUGGCCGUGAGAGCAGGCCAUUUGGAAGUGGUACAUCAUUUGAUGCGCUAUUUGGCAUGGGCUAGGGAAAUCGAGCCCAACUUAAAGUUAAAGGAACCACUAAUAACUCCGGGCAAGGAAGGGAACACCUUGCUGCAUGAAGCAGUGAUACAUGGUAGGCACCUUGUGGCAGGCAGCCUGCUAAAUAGUUGCAAGGAGAUUAAAUUCACGGCUGCUGGAGAAUUUAUCAAGGAAUACCCUGAGUGUGCUGAUUUCUCAAGUAUAUAUGAUGUAUUCCUCAUCAUUAGGAAUGAUGAUGGGGACACAGCGCUGCACCUUGCAGUUAAAGCUGGAAAUUCUGUAUUUGUCGACAUGCUGAUCAAGUGUGCUAAAGUGAUGAACCUGGAACUUACGACUCGGUAUGCAAAGGGGCCUAUAACAAUCGCAAACAAACUAGGAAACACCCCAUUGCACGAUGCGGUGCUGCAGCGAAAGUCGGAUGUUGCACUUAAGCUGCUGGAGGCCAACCCAAGCUGUGCGCACAUGUUGAAUGCAGCAAUGCAGUCACCGUUCUACAUUGCUGUUCGGGACAGCCUUACAUAUGUUGUCAAGAAGAUUGCCGACCAGGGGCUGUACGUGGCUUUAAUGUCCACUCACGGCACUGUUCUGCACCAAUCCGUGUUGGGGAAUAACAUCCGGGCGCUGGAGAUCUUGCUGGACAGGUAUGAGGAGCUUGUGGAGUUGACAGAUUUAUCAGGGAACAAUGCUCUGCACUACGCCGCACAGCACAACAACGCACGCAUAGUAUCCAUUUUGCUCAACAAAUACUCCAAUCUAGCCUACAAGCAGAAUGACGAGAAGCAUACUCCUCUACACACAGCUGCUUACUAUGGCUCGGCAGAGGCUGCUAAAGAGCUGUUAAAGCAGUUUCCUGAUGCCAUUGAGAUGGUGGAUAAUACAAGGCAAAAUGCCCUCCAUAUAGCCGCCAGAAAUGACAAGGUGGACGUGCUUGAAUUGCUUCUCAAGUAUGUGCUGCCGGAGGAGAUUGUGAACCAACAGGAUAGGGACGGUAACACACCGCUGCAUCAUGCCGCCAAGCUCCUGAAUAGACAAUCAACAAUGUUGCUACUCAAUGAUCGGAGAGUCAAAUCGUGGCUGCUUAACCAAGAUGAAGAUACGGCGUUUGCCCUUUCUUGUAAAGCAGGAAUAUUUGAGAUGAACGUCGAUGAGAUGGACUUGUGGAAGGAACUGAAGAAGCAUGGGUCCAGAAGGCGCAGCCAGCAGGUAUUGACAGAGCAACAGUUUCGACCACUGUGGUACUGGGGAAGAAGGACGUACAUGGUUAGCAGUGUGGUCAUUAAUCUUUUCGUGGCUGCCAUGAUGAGCAUGGCCACCUUUGCAGUCACACUCGCCGUGCCUGGAGGGUACAGCCAACAGUCAGGCACCGCCAUUGUUGGACACCAUCUGGCCUUUAAGAUAUUCGCGGUCGGCAACACCAUCUCAAUGUGUGGCUCCACCUCCACUGUUCUUGUCCUCUGCUACUUGACGUGGCAGUAUCAUGGCCAGGUACUCACUAGAUUGAUUUGGGCCAACAUGCUGAUUGUCCUCUCCGUUCUAACAGCGAUCAUCUCAAUGUUGACUGCCGUAUACCUCACCAUCGCGCCAGUGUCGCGGUUUCUUGCCUACGCGGUGAUUGCCAUUGGUGCCAGCGCUCCUUUCUUGGCGUGCCUGAUACUGCGGAAGAGCCUGACUAGAAAGUCCCUGUUUACACGGUGGAUCGGCAUGAAACUGGUACCUCAAGGGGAGACAGGUCACAGGUGAAACAAAGAUGCUCCCGGGGUACUUCUUAGUUCUUGUUUGAUUGAUGGACGUUGGAAUACUGGAUACAGUACACACUUCUAAAUUUGCUGUGGAACAAGAGGGUGUGAUUUGGGUGAUGAGAUAUGUACUUCCGAGCUCUUUCUUUAUUUUUAUUU